AACCAAAUCAUUUAAAAUUACCCCUAAUCCCAAAUUCCUCAUUUCCAAUCUACGUCGACAAUCACCGCCUCUUUCUCAACAAUGGCGAGAAAUCUAACCCACAAGAUCGCAUCAAUCGUAACGAUCUCAAAGCCAACUCAGACUCACUGGGUGGAGUCGGCGACUCGGAUUGUACCCAACUCAGUUUCGACCUUCUUAAUGAGCACUUCUGCAAACAACGAUCAACAAAAGGGUGAAAAGGAGGAGGUUAACAAGGCAACUCAGAUUGAAGAAGAGGAGAGAGAAAAUACCGAAGACGAUAGCGAUGAUGAUGAUGGCGGUGUUCAUGUGAAUGAAGAGACUGGUGAGAUUGGUGGGCCCAGAGGACCCGAACCCACCCGGUAUGGAGAUUGGGAGCAGAAGGGUCGUUGCUCCGAUUUUUAAUCCAAUCCUUAUCGAAUUUUCUACAUUUUUAGUUUUUUUUUUUUUUUAAUGUUGAAUGUUUGGAAUGUUGAAUAAUCUGUAUUCAUGUAAGAUGUAACAAGUUUGUUAAAUGGUUUUUUUAUUGAGAGCUUCUCCAAUUGAUUUGCAUUAUUGAUCA